AAACGACCCAAGACACCUAUUUCGUUCGAUAAACUCAUCUCUUAAUAUACCCAACUGCUGUGUAAUCUUUGAUUGUCCAUAUAGAAGUUUGGAGGGGUGUCUGGGCGAGAGGCGGAACAUAGUCUUUAUACAGCGCUUUAGAAGGACGACUAUCCUGCUCAUAGUUUCCUUUGGGGCCAGGACCCAUAUGCCAGGGAGAGGAUAGAGUGGACGUUGUUGGUGGACCCGUUCCUCGGCAGGCUACGUCUGUGGAAUCUUCACAUCGAAGCUGUAGAGACGACCUGCUUGAAAGAUCAAGUCGCUGAAACCACCAUGGGGCCCACCAACCCCGAAGAAGAUGCAGCAGAAGUGCUGUUGCGUACGGAGCUCCUCAAGGUGCAGUCCGCGGAGGCGGCUCUCGGUGCGGCCCGGGUCCGCGUGAAGCUGGCCGAGAUCAGCAGGGACCGCACUCUGAAGCGGCGGAAUCAGACGACGGCCCCACAGCAGGACGGCAGCUGGGACUCGCCCGCCGCCUCCUCCUCGACGUCUGCACCUGCGGCCAAGAAGGCGAAGGUGGCCCUGACUCCGCCCACCCCAGACGGCGACGCGGCGGGCGAGGAAAGGCUGUCGACGCUUCGCGACCAGGAGCGCUGUGCCCGAGAGGAAGUCGAGUCGGCGAGAAGCCUGCUGCGGGAGCUGGAGAGGGAGUUGGAUCGGGAGCUAGAGCGGCAAGCCCAGGACGACUCGCCACUGCACGCUGACGAGAGCUGCACGCAGGUGGGGCUGGGCGCGCUGCCCGACGACCCGUUGCUGGAGGUGCUGAGCUACCUGUCGCCCCGACAGCUGUUACAGUGCCGCCGCGUGUGCCGUCGGUGGAGGGACUUGGCGCUGCACCCGACCAUCUGGCGGGAGAAGUGCCUGACGGUCUCAAGAAAGUCCAUUCAACUGGUCGUUUCGGCGUUGAGGUUGGCCCCCUGCCUGGGCACGCUGUGCAUGAACAGUCCGGAGCUCUUGGAUCGGCUCCUUUCCGAGCCCGUCACCUCCAUUAACUGUGGCAUCGCCGCGCUCACCUUCGACGGCCGUGCGUCUGAUACUGUGCUCUUGGGGUUGUUGCUGCGCAGGCAAGCUUCCCUAGGCCGGUUGAAAACAGUCGAAAUCGAACUUGGUAUUGACGAAUACGACUUCGAGGAUUCAGAUUAUUGUAGAUUGAAUCAGCUUUUAGCUCAACUAUGUUACUCAGAAGGAUUGGAAUCUAUAAACCUGAAAGUACGUUGUAUUGGCUCGAACAAGCCGCUGCCAGUCCUCAAUUCACCCGAAUUUGGUGCCCCUGUGUCAGCGACCCUGCGGGAGCUGGUGUUGUCCACCCGGUGCUGUGAUGUCUUCCUGAACCCAUACCUGCCCCUGCACCUGGGGUGGCAUGCCACCACGUUAGAGGUGGUGAGUCUCAACCACGUCAUGCCCCAUCCGAGUGCUGCCCUCCAGCUGUCCGCCAUGCCCCGGCUGCGUGAGCUGACGUGCCCUCUGCUGGAAAACAUGCCUGCCCUGCUGCAGUGCCCCGCGCUGACGUCGCUUCGCCUUAUAGCCACGGCAGGCGAUCCAAUAAAGGAUUCGGUUGAGCCUUACCUGCCUGGUGUGCGGGAGUACCUCCGCCUGGCCGCCACGCGCCUGGAGCACGUGGUGCUGGAGUUUUUGGACCACACAGAUGACUGGUACGCCGAUGCGGGCUGCACGCAGACGUCUGACUUGGUGCUGAGCCUGGCGGGGUCCAAAGGUGUCGUACCGGCACUGCGGAGCCUCAAGUUCGUGUACUAUGAUACUCAACAUGAUUGGGAAGUUUGGCCUUCCGUGCCGGUACCGCAGCUGCCGCAUCUCGCGGCCAUCCUGCACCGCCUGCAGAACCUCACCAGCCUCGACCUUGGCGGGCCGCUGUCGGAGGAGGUAUUGAGUGCUCUGGACGCGGCAGUGCUGCCCGACCUUCAGCUGCUCAAGGCCUUCUUCCCAGGCUGUCCGCACGAGUGGGUCCACUGCAAGGAACUGCGGGCGUUCAUGCUGCUUCACCCGGGGCUGCACAUCACGAUGGAGUGCGACGAUCACAGCAAGCAAAGCUGCGACUUCUGCAAGAAGCACACCUGCCACAACUUCGCGGUGAAGUACGAGCUGACCCUGUUCAGUCACGCGGCGACAGAGCCCUGUGGCGUGGAACAUCUGAAGAGAGCUAUCUUCAUUAGUGCUGAUUCGUCGUGCUAACCGAGCCAUCGCGGUCCACGCUGCUUCACUCCACACUUAAUUACUAUGUAGGUUUUUCUGCGCGCUAAUGCACGAAAUUAAACGUGCACUACUUCGUAACGCACAAAUUCGUGCGCAAAAAUGCACGAUUUUCUGCAUACUUGCGCACGAAAUCGUGCAUUGUCGCGCACAAAUUCGUGCGUUACGAAGUGCAUGUUUAAUUUCGUGCAUUAGCGCGCAGAAAAACCUACAUAGUAAUUUAGUGUGUCGGGGAAAAAGGAAGACAAUUCACCCAACCCUUUUCCCCUUGACGUAGGUUGACACAGUCUCUGUAAAUCAUUAAUCAAUCGCAAAGUUAAGAAUGUUGACUGUUGAUUAUUCGAAUUUAGUUCCAUCUGCCGAACUUGAAUUAAACUUUUGAUAACAAUGGAAA